AUGCACCGACCCACUGCUGUUGCACUGCUGCAGUGCAUGGCGAUCUUCGCGUGCCAACUAAAGUCGUCAUCAGAGGUCCCGAGAUCGGGACGUUCCAUCAUCGGAGUGCCGAUGUUCGCCUACGACCGAUUCGGCCAUGGUCGACGGCAGUCGGUGGUCGGCUACGACGGACAGUUCAGACAAAUGUUCGAAGAAGCCGCUGACGACCACGAUUGUUGCGGCGCUUAUAACUACUCACCGGAGCGCAGCACUGCACAACUGCAGCCGACUGGACCCGAAAAACCGCGUAAUACCUAUAUACCUACUUACUCCUAG